CACCGAGUUUCUCCAACAAGAAGCGGCAAUCUUGAUCACCGUUCCUGAAGCGAUAUCCGAUUUUCAACUACUAUUUCCUUUGGAUAGUGCUGGAAUGAUUGCGACAUGUCGCACGCUCGGAGGAAGCCUAUACCCGUCAAGCUAGCGUGCAGCUCGUGCAGGGCGUCGCGAUUGAAAUGUAGUGGUACCAACCCUUGCAGUCGCUGCCUACGUAAGAACGCAACAUGCGUGUAUUUACCCAAUCGACGGGGUCGGAAGACUACAUCGAGAGCUGUAAAUCUUCCUGAGCCUAGGGAUUCAUCAAUGAAUGCUCUUGGCUCAUGGGGCGCGUCUGAUCCUAGUAUGUUCGAUUGUCAAAUGUCCGACAACAUGGGCCCGGAGUAUCCUCGAGAGACUUAUUAUGGCGGGUUACUUCCCCCAUUGUUUAGUGGGGAUCUAGGUUCCUUCCAGUUCGAGGGAAUGUUCGGCGGUAGUACGGACGCGGAACUGGAUAGCUUCUUUGCUGAGAUGUUCAGGAUACCGUCAUUUCCACGAGUUGGCUCCUUCGAUCCUACUGAUUUGGUACUGGGGGAGUCUCAGCCUGUCUAUCAACAGCCGUAUCACUCCGAUGCCCAGAUCCUUGGAGCUUAUUACAAGCACAUACAUCCUGUUUUCCCAAUCCUGCCUCCACCGAUAGAGGAACCGAGAAUUGACUCUUCAGAAGAGGAUGUCAGCAGUAGUGGCUCGUUUCUCUCACAAACUUCGUCACCUCUGAUCCUAGCUCUGUCUUCAGUUCUGUAUCAGUCAGAUGCAUUGAAACCUCCAAGUGUUGUCAACGAUGGAAACUUCGUCCAAAAUCUAUACCAGCGGGCGGCAGACUUGGUCGAACCGUUCUCCCUUUCGUCUCCCCUCUCCCAAGAUACAGUCCUCCCAUCGGUAUUCCAUCCGCAUGUACCUCAGCGAUUGGAACUGCCACUGGCAUGUUGUGUUCUUAGCUUGUACCAGUAUCUUCGCUGGGGCAAUAUUGAAGAGAUGACGCGUUUGGCACAGAAAGCUCAUAGCAUAAUCAAGGCUAUGUCUGUAAAUUGGGAGCAUGUUGGCGCAUUUGUAGAAGCUCAGCGGAGAGCGUGGUGGAUGAGUGUGAUGUGCGUAUACAACGCCAACAUCGUUAGCUGUACGUCACCAGUAAACAAGAUUGACAUUCGUACCGUCAAUAUACCGCAUCCUACCACCUUGGGUAAAUCGGAGAUGUGGGCCCAAUACGUCUCCGCCGAAGAAACUCUCGUUGCUUCCACUCUCCUUCUAGUAGCAUUGGUGAAGGGCAGCGACUCCAAAACCGAGGUGCCAGCUUUCAACCAAAAUAUUCGCCUACUAGACAAAGUCAUCACCCGCCAACUAGCUGCAAUAUCCGACACCCCAUCAUUAAUUCACGAUGUGUCGUACCGCACAGAAGAGAGACUCGCCAUAUCCCUACGCGCCAUAGCAAAGAUACGACUACACAGUGCACGCAUAAAACUACACAGAUAUCGCGCCUUCAUGCACCACCCCACCAUCCUCCAGAAGUUUUCGCCAACUACAACGACUCGAGGCCAUCACCAUCGCGUCACUAACACUAAACACCACAGCAACGGUGAUAUACAGCACGACCACCGUUCCACCUUCUCCUCGUCCUCUUCCUCUGGUAUCACCCGCAGCCUCAAUCCCCAUCACGAAACACUUCCAACCACCCAAAUCUUCCCCUUCUCGACCCACCACGCACUGAUUACCUGCCUCGACUCGGCCACCACGAUCACAGCCUCACUAUCCCAUCUCGUCUCCCUGGGCACAUGUGCAGCUCCACAGAUCUGUUCGGCAGCCUUGGGGAGCUACACACUGAUGAUGAUAUUCCACUUUGAACACCAACUACCACAAUCCCAAUCGCAGUCCCAGUUGCAUCCGUCCUCGCAAUUAGGGCCACGGCCACAGCCACGGUCACAGCCACGAUUAGCGACACGGAUGAUGAGUCCUUCUGGCGUGAUGCAGGGUUCUAUACAAGCACAAUGCGAGGAGAGCGCCGGUACGGCUGUAAAGGUGCUGGAGAGUUUUGCAGGUUGUUUCGAAUUCAUCGGCGGACUAAGAGAUCAGAUCAAGAAGGCUGCUCAUGCAACGUUUUGCUCCCGUCCAUCAUAGUGCUGGAAGGCAGGCAGAGUGAGCACGAUAAAAUAACAGAAUAAGAAAGUGUAGUAACUCAGAAUGGGACAAGAUGAUCAAAAGGGCGAAGACGAGACAAGGAAGAUUUUACCAACGUGAAUGAUAAAAAAAAAAAGAAGACUACUCAAACUUUUUCCUAACCCUAACUAGACUCCCCGGGUAACUCCAAAAGUUUAUGAAUGGAGAUUGGUUUU